AAGUGGCCGAGUCCCGUCGGCCCCUGCGGGCCUCUCUCCGUCGCCAUGGAAACGAAAGCGGCCAAGUAGAGCUCAGUCCUGACGCGCCGCCUCCCGUGGGCUCCGGCCGGCUACGCCGCGGCGGACAACUAUGCUGAAGGCCAAGAUCCUCUUCGUGGGGCCUUGCGAGAGUGGAAAAACUGUUUUGGCCAACUUUCUGACAGAAUCUUCUGACAUCACUGAAUACAGCCCAACCCAAGGAGUGAGGAUCCUAGAAUUUGAGAACCUGCAUGUUACCAGCAACAACAAAGGCACGGGCUGUGAAUUCGAGCUAUGGGACUGUGGUGGCGAUGCUAAGUUCGAGUCCUGCUGGCCGGCCCUGAUGAAGGAUGCUCAUGGAGUGGUGAUCGUCUUCAAUGCUGACAUCCCAAGCCACCGGAAGGAAAUGGAGAUGUGGUAUUCCUGCUUUGUCCAACAGCCGUCCUUACAGGACACACAGUGUAUGCUAAUUGCACACCACAAACCAGGCUCUGGAGAUGAUAAAGGAAGCCUGUCUUUGUCGCCACCCUUGAACAAGCUGAAGCUGGUGCACUCAAACCUGGAAGAUGACCCUGAGGAGAUCCGGAUGGAAUUCAUAAAGUAUUUAAAAAGCAUAAUCAACUCCAUGUCUGAGAGCAGAGACAGGGAGGAGAUGUCAAUUAUGACCUAGCCAGCCUUCACCUGGGACUGCCACAUCCCCAGUGAAAUCAGCAUGUUUCUUGGUGCAGAUCUGAAAUCACAUCCAGCUCCUGAUGUUUUCUUCUCCCUCUGACUGCAGAGGAAGUGUUCCUACCUGCAGGAAGGCACCUGUCACGCAGGGAGUUCACUCAGACCAUCUGUGCUCUGCCCUGAGUUCAGUUGAGAAAAUCCUAUUAUCGAAUUUGGAUUUCCUGGCCCCAGAACUUCCCAAAGACCUGUAAAAUGGAGGGAUUUACCACCUCACAUAUGUCCAGUUAUACAGUUUGUGGAAUUGUAACCGUCGCAGCCCAAUGAUACAACAGUAGUUUAAUCACGUG